AGAGUCUCUCUGUGCGUGCAGAUCCAGAGGUUGAAGACGACGACGACGAUCGAAGCGAAGCGAAGCAAUCAUAGGUUCCUUCGAUUCGCCCUCCCGUGUCCGCUUCAAGAUGUCCGGCCGCCACGAGAAGGAGAAGGGCGUCAACGUCCAGGUCCUCCUCCGCUGCAGGCCGUUCAGUGAGGACGAGUUGCGGAACAACGCGCCUCAGGUGGUGACCUGCAACGACUACCAGAGGGAAGUCGCCGUCUCGCAGAACAUCGCCGGGAAGCACAUCGACCGGGUUUUCACCUUCGAUAAGGUUUUUGGUCCAUCUGCACAGCAGAAAGAUCUUUAUGAGCAAGCAGUAGUUCCAAUUGUAAAUGAAGUUCUUGAAGGCUUCAACUGUACCAUUUUUGCAUAUGGCCAAACAGGUACUGGAAAAACAUACACAAUGGAAGGUGAAUGCAAGAGAUCGAAGAGUGGACCCAAUGGAGAAUUACCUCCUGAAGCAGGAGUCAUACCUAGAGCAGUGAAGCAAAUUUUUGAUACUCUGGAGAGCCAAAAUGCUGAAUACAGUGUGAAGGUUACAUUUAUAGAGUUGUACAAUGAAGAAAUUACUGAUCUUCUAGCACCCGAGGAAAUUUCCAGAGUUGCCAUGGAAGAUAAGCAGAAAAAGCAGCUGCCCUUGAUGGAGGAUGGAAAAGGGGGUGUUCUUGUUAGAGGUAUAGAGGAGGAAAUUGUGACAAGUGCUACCGAGAUCUUUACUUUACUUGAAAGGGGGUCCUCAAAGCGUCGUACUGCUGAAACACUGUUAAAUAAACAAUCAAGUCGGUCACACUCUUUGUUUUCCAUCACAAUACACAUCAAAGAAGCAACACCAGAAGGAGAAGAGCUUAUUAAAUGCGGCAAACUGAACUUGGUUGAUCUGGCUGGAUCCGAAAACAUAUCCCGUUCCGGUGCUAGGGAGGGUCGUGCGAGAGAAGCUGGAGAAAUUAACAAAAGUUUGCUUACGUUGGGAAGAGUCAUUAAUGCUCUUGUUGAGCAUCUUGGUCAUAUUCCUUACAGGGAUAGCAAACUCACUAGGUUACUUCGGGAUUCUCUCGGAGGAAGAACUAAGACCUGUAUUAUUGCGACAGUUUCACCUGCAGUCCACUGUCUGGAGGAGACCUUGAGUACCCUAGAUUAUGCGCACAGGGCAAAGAACAUUAAAAAUAAGCCUGAGGUAAACCAAAAGAUGAUGAAAUCCACUCUUAUUAAGGAUCUCUACGGUGAAAUCGAUCGUCUUAAGGCUGAGGUAUAUGCUGCACGAGAGAAAAAUGGUGUUUAUAUUCCUAAGGAGAGGUAUUAUCAGGAGGAGAGUGAAAGAAAGGCUAUGGCUGAACAGAUCGAACAAAUGGGGGUUAAUAUGGAGACCCAUCAAAAGCAAUUUGAGGAAUUGCAAGAGAAAUAUGAAUGUCAAGUUCAACAAUGUUCUGACUUGAGUAGCAAGCUCGAUGCAACUGAGAAAGAUCUGGAGCAUACGAGUAAAGUGUUGGCUAACACCAAAGAGGAACUUAAGAAGUGCAACUAUUCUAUAAAGGAGAGGGAUUUCAUAAUAUCAGAACAGAGAAAAGCAGAAAAUGCUUUGGCUCAUCAAGCUUGUGUUUUGAGAGCUGAUUUGGAGAAAUCUCUACAAGAUAAUGCUCUAUUAUUUUCUAAAAUUGAUAGGGAAGAUAAACUCAAUGCUGAUAACAAAUCUGUUGUAAACAACUUCUUGACUGAAUUGGCGAGGCAAGUUGCUUCACUUCGCAUUGUGGUGGAUGGAUCACUUUCUCAGCAAAAUGAGCACCUUGAUCGUGUGGAAAAAUUCUGCCAGUCAUUUCAACAAGCACACGAAAGGGCGGUUUUGAAUAUGAAGAAGAAAGUUACAGCUUCGAGGGCUAUGUACAUCUCUCAUAUUGAGGCGCUGCAAAAUGUUGUAUGUUUACACAAGGCUAGCUGUAAUGCAGGAUUGGACAACAUCUUAUCCUUGGCUUCUUCCGAUGUGCAAUCUUCAGAAGAGUUUCUGACAUCAAAAGAUCUAGAAGCAAAAGCUCUAUUUGAUGAUCUCCAAAGCACUCUUUCAACACAUGCGGGAGAAAUGGCACACUUUACGAGGGAACUGCGACAGAGAUUUAGCGUCAGCAUCGAGCACACCAAGGACAUUUCUGAGUACACUAACGGAUUUCUUGGGAAGCUUAUUGAAGAAUCUAAGAACCUUGAGGGCCAUGCAGCACAUAUUGAGGAAAUUCAAAUGAAAAGUAUUGCUGAGUUUCAGAAGGCUUAUGAAGAACAGUCAAAAUCUGAAGAAGAAAAGCUUCUAGCAGAUAUGACAAAUUUAGUUUGUAAUCACUUCCGUCGUCAGAAAGAAAUGGUGGAUACAAGGCUUGUUAGCCUUAGGGAAACCGCUGCUCAGAACAAGACAUUUUUGGAUGGGCAUGUUUCUUCGCUGGAGGGUAUUAGUACAGAUGCCAAAAGAAAGUGGCAGGAAUUUUCUUCUCAAGCAGAAAAUGAUGCUAAGGAUAGUGCUGAUUAUUCUGCUGCCAAACAUUGCCGUAUGGAGUUACUUUUACAGCAAUGUGUAAGCACUGCAGAAUCAGCUUCCAAGCAUUGGGGUAGCACUCGUGAGGCCAUAUCUGAGAUGGGUAAUAAUCAUGUUUCCUCCGUGAGGUCACUCAUAAGGGAUGUUUCUGAUAGUAACGAGCAACAUGAUGUAGAGAUUGGUGCUGCAAGGGAUACAGCUCAGCAAGAUGUGGUCAAAUGUAGUGAAGAUUUCAUUAAGCAUGUUGACAGUGUGUCAGUGCAAGAGCGAGAAUCUAUAUCGGGUAUUCUACAAACGGUCCAGGCACACAUGCAAUUGUUGGAAAGUUUCCGUGAGGAUCACUCUGGCAAAGCUUCUAGUGUCAGGGAGAAAGCAGAAGAAACUUUUCAACAUCGCUAUAUGGACUACAAGCCAAGUGGUACGACGCCAAUUAGAUGUGAUCCGGAAGUUCCAACAAAAGGAACUAUCGAGUCACUCCGGGCCAUGCCAAUGGAAUCUCUUGUUGAGGAGUUUCGUGAACACAAUUCAUAUGAAUCAUUUGAUGGGAAGGAAUUGAAGCCAUCUCUAAUACCACGCUCACCCUUGACGCAGGUCAACUAAACGUGUGGUCUUCUCAUCUCAUUUUUAUGGAAGUUAGUUGGUGGCCACAUGAGGAUCUGUACUGUUGAUGUACAUUAAAUAUCUGUCACUUGAGGAUUGUAAGGAUGCGAGAUAGGUCACUGGAGCAGAACGUGAAUGCAGCAGGGCUAAGAAUAAUUACAGUAUUAAGGAUAUAGAAACUUAUUUCUUCAUGAAGUUAUCUGGCAGUUUUAAGCGUAGGCUUCUCGCUUAUGCUUAAACAAUUUAUAUGUAAAGCUCCUCUAGAGUCGUAUAAAUCUUCUGUGUAAUGUAACAUUUUUUUGGCUAGUGAAACUGGAGGCGCAUAAAAACUCCAUUGUGAAUUGCUUCAACUCAAUUAAUGUCAUUCAAUUGAAUUUCUCCAC